CCCCAAUGUAAAAGCAAACUCUCUCUCUCUCUCUCUAAACAUAGCAGCCACAUUCUUCUGGCCAGCCGAGGGAUCCAAUAAAAGCAGAUAGACAAAAGGGAAAAGGAGCUUCCCCUGCUGCCUUUACUUUUCCUCUGCAGCAAAAAAAGAAGGAAGAAGAAGCAGGUCUGUUUGUUCUUCUGGAAACCUUUGGGAUGUUUCUUUCCCCUUUCUCCUCCUUCUCUUUCUUUCUUCCUCCCCUUUCGUUUUGAUGAACAGUGAAGAAACUCUGCUCCGUUGGAGGAAGGAGGAAAACAGAGCAAGUUCAGUUGGGUAGAAACAGGGGAGGGAGGGGAACAGAGUGUAAAUAGAGGGAGAUGGGAGGGGUUACUUCAUCGAUGGCGGCGAAAUUGGCCUUCUUUCCGCCGAACCCACCAUCGUACAAGCUGGUGGCAGACGAAAUGACGGGUCUGCUGCUGCUGAGCACUUUCCCACAUCGGGAAAACGUGGAAAUCCUGAAGCUGCCGACGAGAAAGGGGACGGAGGUAGUGGCGAUGUACAUAAGACAUCCCAUGGCUACUUCCACUCUGCUUUACUCACAUGGGAACGCCGCUGAUCUGGGGCAGAUGUAUGAGCUCUUCGUCGAGUUGAGCAUCCACUUGCGGGUCAAUCUCAUGGGGUAUGACUACUCUGGAUAUGGACAAUCAUCUGGAAAGCCAAGUGAACAGCACACAUAUGCAGACAUUGAAGCAGUCUACAAGUGUAUGGAAGAAGGCUAUGGUGCAAAGCAAGAAGACAUCAUCCUUUAUGGGCAGUCUGUUGGCAGCGGGCCUACACUAGAUCUAGCUGCCCGACUGCCUCAUCUAAGGGCAGUUGUCCUGCACAGUCCCAUACUUUCAGGGCUGAGGGUGAUGUACCCUGUUAAGAAAUCUUACUGGUUUGAUAUUUACAAGAAUAUCGACAAGAUUCAAUUGGUCGAUUGUCCUGUUCUUGUGAUCCAUUUUAUACGGUGAAUUGGGUCAAAGUCUUCCAUAACUAUCAUUUGAAUAUGAUCCAAAGUCUUCCAGAAAUACAUGGAACUGCAGACGAAGUGGUAGAUUGCUCUCACGGCAAGCAACUUUGGGAACUAAGCAAAGAGAAGUAUGAACCACUGUGGCUCAAAGGAGGUAACCACUGUGACUUGGAGCACCAUCCAGAGUACAUCAGGCACCUCAAGAAGUUUGUGUCGACCGUGGAGAAACCGCCUUCUCAAAGGUACACCGGUUCGAGGAGAAGGAGCACGGACCAGCAGCUGCUGCCUCCUCGAAAGAGCACUGAUAUUGUGUUUGAGGCCUCGAGGAAGAGUACUGACAGAAGGGAGAAGCCUAGACACAGCACUGACAAGGCACUGCCCCCUACUGAUGUCAACAAGCUGCUGCUGAAGAGCAACAGCAACAACCUCAACGAGAAGCUGGAGAAGCUGAAGAACCAAUCAAACUAUGCGGAGAAGCUAAGGGUUUCAUUUGAUCAGGUAGAGAGGUCGAGGAGGAGCGUCGACUGCUGCCUUGAGAAGUCGAGGAAGAGCGUCGACCACCAGUUGGAGAGAGGGAGGAAGAGUGUGGACAGAAUACGGACUGGUUGACUUUUGUAGAGCUUCUGGUCAAUUUGGUUUUUGUUAUUUGUGGGGGUUAUUGUGCUUUCGAGUGUGGUUUUUUUGUGCUUCCUUCUAUGGUUGUGUAGCUGGGAUGUCUUUGUCUCUAUGUAUAAUAUAAGAGCAUGAAAUGAGAAAGGUGGGGAAGUUUAGUAUUGGCACAUUGCACAUGUUUUGACUCAAUCUCAAUCAGUCUUUAUCUUUAUUGUCAAGUAAUAAACGUUAAACAAGGAUAAUCUUGAAAUCCAACCAUGAAUGUCAUCUAUGUUUUCAGUGGAUUCAGA